GAUAAGCGGCUACGGGGUCGAGCUCCUUUGGCUGAAAAAGUUCAGGUCAUUAUUCUGUGCAGCGCUAUUCAGAGCCGGUCCCGUUAGCUCAUUGUUAUUCCGCCCGAGUGAGGGAGCGAGGGAUAGCUGUGGAGAGAGAGGGAAGGCAUUGUCAGAGAAAGGCUGGAGGGAGAGAGAGAAUGAACGAUCGAGCCUCUAACCCGUAAAGGACAAGCGCAUCAGGCUCCGGAAAAACAGCGCAAACUUAUCGGCGGUUCACAAGGACUGGCCAGGGGCGUGAGUGAAAGGGAUGAUAAUCUGUCCGCAGCCGGGGCAAAUAGGGAAUGCCGCAAAGAAGUGCCCUUUAAGGAAAGCGCGAGUGAAAGGGAGCGGGCAGUGAAGGGGGGAAGACGGAGAUUUAGUGCGAGCGCUGGGUUAAAGGCACCCCUCCCCAUGAACCAAGGAGAAAACUAAUAAUAGACGGAGAAAGGAGCUGAACAAAAGCCGGCCGGAUUUACAUGUAUCUUUCAACGAUGAUCUCAAAAAAGGGUGUUUUUGGCCAUCAUUCAAUCUAAGAGUCUUUGGAGCAAAAUAAAUCGAGCACCGAGGAAAAACAAGAAUGUCUCGCUCUGAUGAGGUCAACAAGAUGACCGAAAAUGUCUACAAGAACAUUCUGGAUCAGUUCAACCCAAGCCUAAAGAAUUUUGUCACAAUGGGGAAGAACUAUGAGAAGGCUCUGACAGGAGUGACAGUGGCAGCUAAAGGCUAUUUCGACGCACUGGUCAAAUUGGGGGAGCUGGCCAGUGACAGCCAGGGCUCCAAAGAGCUGGGAGACACGCUGUUCCAAAUGGCAGAGGUCCACAGGCAGAUUCAGGUCCAGCUGGAAGAUGUGUUGAAGCUCUUUCAUUCUGAGUUGCUCUCCCAGCUGGAACAGAAGCUGGAGCUGGAUGUGAAGUACUUGACGGCCACCCUGAAGAAGUACCAGAGCGAGCGCAAGUCAAAAACAGACUCCAUUGAGCGCUGCCAGUCGCAGCUGAAGAAGCUUCGGAGGAAGAGCCAGGGAAGCCGCCAGCCGAGCAAGUAUGGGGACAGGGAGAUGCAGUUUGUGGAGCUGAUGAGUCGACGUCAAGGAGAGUUGGACAGCCUGGUGGCAGCAGGCUACCGCUCUGCCCUCACCGAGGAGAGGAGGAGGUACUGUUUCCUAGUGGACCGACAAUGUUCUGUCACCAAGCUCCUCAUCAAUUACCACUGCAAGGUCAGGGAGCUCUUAUCACAGAAGCUGUCCUCGUGGCAACUGUCCUGCUCACAGCCCACGCGACUCCCAGACAGGGCUCUGAAUCUGUUGCGACACACUGCACCUCAGGGUUCAGGGGCGGCUGGCAUUGCUGAGCUCCUCCGACAUGCCAAGCUAAGCGCUCCCCAAUCCAUGGAGCAGAGGCUGUCCGUGCAGGAAGUCCCGCCCCUGUUAAAUGGCGACAACGCCGUUUGCACGCAGCGCAUCCUCCCGUCUUUGCAGAGUGAGACGUCUGCUCACAGUGCUGCUUCCCAAACCUUCCGGAGCCUCUCUGCACAGUCCAGUCAGACCUCUCAGCACUCCACGCUUAACGGCAACAGCAACACGCCCACCUCCACCUGCGGCCGCUCCCAGCACACGUCCGUUCAUUCCGCCCCCAACACUUCGAGCCUCUCCCAUAAUACAUCCACCUCCAGUACCGUCUCCCUCAGCCACAGCUCCCCAGUUUCCCAGAAUUCCCUGCAAGUAUUGUCUCUCUCCCCAAUUGCCCCAAAAAGCCCUCCUCUACCCCACAGUGCUCCUCUUUCUAGGGCUCUUACACCUGUCCUGCAUCAUGAAGUCAUUAGUAAUUCUCCACCAUCCCACAAUCCCAUGCUGCUGAAAGCCUCCGAACUCUACACCACCUCGACUCUGCCUCUACCGCGGAGACCAGUCAGUGAAGCGCGGCUGGGAUUUUUGGGAGGGACUCUCCCCCGAGUCCUCCCACUCUCCCCUCCCACCCGAGUGGAAGCCCUCUUCCCCCAUGCACCUGGAGGAGGGGAAGGCUUUGGGGGCGAGGGGCCCUGCCUGCUGCAGUUUCUCCCUGGUGACACCCUCACCCUGCUCAUUUCUGAACCCAGAGACGGCUGGCACUACGGGCAGAAUGAGAGGACUGGACGGAAAGGCUGGUUUCCUUUCUCUUAUACUCAGCCUUACCCGAACUCUGCAGAGCUCCCAGAAAACAGCCCUGGCCUCAGCUCCACCCUCCUCUCCAAGGCCAACAGCAGCAGCAUUGGGCAGUUGGACAAGGCGGCUGCACCUGGACUGCAGCCCACGAACCCGGAGCCCGUGGAGGAGCUUGCCACCCCUGCCCAGCGAGUUAGCACAUUCCGCCCUCGCCCAUACAGCAUGGUCAACCCUGAGAUCACCCAGCUUUCAGCAGAAUUCGGCUCCCCUCUGCCAUCGCCAACAAGGUAUGUGUUUUAACAACAGAGAGCGGUUUGCCUUCGUCUGCCCU